AAAAAAAGAAAAAAAAAACACACACACAAUAUGGCUACAAACGUUGCAGCAAAUCUCGCACAAAAAAAUAUGGGUGAAGUUCCCGUCAAGGUUGCUAAUGAAGAUAAACAAAGAACGUCUGACACUGAGAUGCUUGCUUGCUGUUGGGUUGGCAAACGAAAGCUUGAAUUAAGAAAGGUUCCCAAGCCAGAAAUUACUGACGAUGAGGAUGUGAUCAUUAAAGUAACGGGAAGCACAGUAUGUGGAUCUGACUUACACCUUUAUCAUGGUGAAUUGAUGCAGCUGAAAGAGGGAGAGGUAUUAGGUCAUGAAUGUAUCGGUGUUGUCGAAAAGAUUGGACCCAAGGUGACUAAAGUCAAACCCGGAGACCGAGUGAUUACUGCCUUCAAUAUUGCUUGUGGCAAAUGUGAUUACUGUGCACAGAAACUUUAUACCAGCUGUGAAAGCGCCAACAACAGUUCUGUCAUGGAAAAGCUUUAUGGUCAACGCAUCUCUGGUGUUUUAGGCUAUUCUCAUUUCUUGGGAGGAUUCUCGGGGGCUCAAGCUGAGUAUUGUCGUAUCUUAUUCGGCAAUACAAAUGUUUUGAAGGUGCCUGAUAAUAUAAAAGAUGAACAGGCUAUUUAUCUAUCUGAUAUUAUCCCUACCUCAUAUCACGCAGUGUAUGAUGCUGGCUGCAAGGAAGGUGAAGUGGUUGGCGUUUGGGGCCUUGGUCCAAUUGGUCUCAAUGCCUGUCAGUGGCUGCGUAAUGUAUUCAAAGCCAAGCGUAUCAUUGCAAUAGAUAACGUACCAGCUCGUCUCCAAAUUGCCAAAGAACGCUGGGGAGUAGAAACGAUCAAUUUUGAUAAGGAGACAGAUGUUGUCUCUAAAAUUUUGGAACUUGAGCCCAAGGGUCUAGACCGUGCUAUCGACUGUGCUGGUUUCCGCUACACAAAGAGCCUCUUGCACAAGGUCGAACGUGCUGUGGGCUUAGAAGCAGAUAGCAGUGAGGUGUUGAACGAAGCAAUUCGCUCUACAAAGAAGUUUGGUACUGUGGCCCUGAUUGCUGAUUAUGCUGCCUAUUCUAACCAUGUGUUGAUUGGUGCAAUUAUGGAAAAGGGUAUUCGCUUAGUUGGCUGUGGUCAAGCACCAAUUCAAGGCUACUGGGAUACAUGCUUGGAUCAUAUCUCAAAGGGUGAGUUCGAUCCUAUAGCCAUCUUAACCCAUCGUUUCAAAUUGGAUGAUAUUGUUGAAGUAUAUCGUCGCUUUGAUGCCAAGGAAGAUUCCAUGAUGAAGGUCUUUAUCGAAACAAAGUUCAGUAGCCCACCUAUGCCAGGAACACCUUCUUUAAGCCACAUUAAUAAUGCAUAAACCUGUAAAUAAAGUUGCUAUUACAGUAGUUUGUUUCAGACAAUUUUAUUUUUUUGUGGUCAAUAGUGGC